AGUUCGACGCGGAUUUUCGCAGCGAAAGGACGUCCGUUUCUUCUGAACAUCGCGGCUAGUCAUACAAAAACCAGCCGUCAUAUUUUGAACGCGCGCCGUAUCAAAUCGCCCAGUGUAGGCUGGUCUUUUUGAACGCGAAAUAUAAUAAAUCUAAUUCAUUGUAUUGUUUCAUAACUCUUUUUUUCGCAUGCAAAAUGAAAGUAAUUGCGCUGAGUUGUUAAAAAUUGUGGAUCAGUAAAUUUGAUUUAAAUAAAAUUUUUAUUUUCGAGGCACGCAAGAGUUUACUUAAAUAAUUGCACAGUGUGAAACUGGUCUUUCUCCACAAACGUGUAACUAAUCAAAAGCUACCAGGACUAAAUUAUUUAUUACAUUCAACUCAUAAAUUCUUGAAUCGUAUGAUCUCCCUAGUGAGGAUCUUGAUGAAAUAUUAGUGUAUUCCUCCAUUAUUAUGCUCUAUAAUUCGCAACUAUCGAAUACCUCGAGAGUUUAGUCUAGUGACGUUUUUAGUGAACUUGAACAAUUUGUGCAUUUAUCCAGAAUCACCCGACAGUUCUAUACUGUCUGAGUAGUAAUACAUAGAAUAGUUCAGAUUUUAAGUGUGUGUUGUUUAUAAAUCAUCUAUUAUCCAAAGUAACCCUAUAUUCAGAUGUUAUUUGAGUAAUAAUUCCGAUUAAUUUUGCGAAUAAUUUAGAUGUUGAGUGUGUGAUAAGUGUAAGUGAAAUGUUUGAGCUGCGUCUUCUUCUGCUAUUGGCUGCCCUGCUGGCCAUAGCUCCGGCCAAGCAUCACCACAACAAGGAUCGACCAAUCAAAGACUCAAGGAAAUUGGAGGAAGCUGACUGGUGGCAGACGCUCGAAGAGAGGAAAGUGAUUGAUGCAGGCUCGUCCUCUUCCUCCUCUUCUUCUUCCUCCUCCUCAGCGGAGCACGUCGUGUUUCUUUCGGAGAACUCGACAAUUGUGACGGCGCAAACUGGAAGCACCCCAAUAUUGCACUGCGAAAUCGAAGGAGUUGCUGAAAAUCUGGUCUCGUGGAUUAGAAGGAAGGACCGACAUUUAUUAACAAUAAACUUGGCGACAUACAGCAGUGAUGAUAGGUUUUUCACUUCUCACGUGAGAAAUGAGCAGGAUUGGGCCCUACAUCUCCGGUUUGCCCAGCCGGGUGAUGACGGCCUCUAUGAGUGCCAAGUCUCCACACAUCCACCUGUCAGCUUAUUCGUCACUCUGCGACUUGUUGAAGCUCGCGCUGAGAUCGUCGGCGGACCGGACAAGAUCGUGAAAAGCGGCAGCACCCUGAAACUGACCUGCCUACUGCGCUCGACUACGGAGCCCCCGCAGUUCGUGUUCUGGUACCAUGAGACUCGCAUGAUCAACUAUGACGCCGGUCGCGGGGUGAGUGUCGCCCUAGGCAGACACCACAGUGAGCUCAGUCUGUCGCCCGCCUAUGCUGGCAACUUCACCUGCGCCCCCUCCAACGCACGGCCGGCUAGUAUCAACGUACAUGUGUUGGAUGGAGAACAGCCUGCUGCGAUGCAACAUGAGAGAGCAUCUUCGUCUACACUGAUACUUCCUCCUUUUCACUGGAUAACUCUCGCAUUCUUUAUUUCGAACUUGAGUUGACCGAACAACCUUUAAGUGGCAUGAACUAAAACUGACUAGAACUCUUGUGAACUUAGAAAAAAACUCCCCAAAAUUUCUUCUGGAGUUUUGAUGUCGAUGAGAAAUGAUCAAAAUCAAAUACAAGAUUUAUAGACUUGAUGAAUUGAAAUUUUGACUGGAUAAGUCUUGAAUGAAUGAAUAUCAAGGAGAAAUCAGGCUCCAUAAGAUAGUAUGAUUAUGGAAUGAAAUUUGAGAUGUAUAUUUUGCAUGUUCCAACUACUUAGUUCGAAAUAUGCUUGAAAAUCCAAGAUGAAUCCUACAAUUCAUAUUUGAGACUCUGGAUUCUUGGAUUGUGGAAUUUUCAUGUGGGUAUUUGCGUAUUUCAUUGUUGAUAAUGAAGUGGAUAAAUUUGAAUAUAUAAGUGUGAACAGAUUUUAAAGGUAUUUCAAUCAAGUUUCAUUGAUAAAGUGACCGUUAUAUAAUUCCCAAUGAUUGUAAACGGUACAAUCCUUCAUAAAGGGAUUGGGAUGUUAGAAACAUAUAUUUUGGAUUUAUGAAUUCUUGUUUCUGGUGAUACUGGAUUGGUGAUGGAUAAUACUCUGAGAAACAAUUUCUUGUGUGGAUUUAUAACUCAUUUUUUGUCAGAAUUUGAUAACCCUGUGAUCAACAAGUGUCUAUUGUCUUGAUCGACGGAAUCAAAAAACUUAUCAUAAAGUGGAAAGCCAAAAUAUUCGAAAUUUUAUCAGUGAUUAAAUCAUACUAAAUUUAUCAAAUGUGUUCAUUCCUGUUAACGAAUGUAGUUAAGGCUGAUUACAUGUAUAAUGAUCUCUAAGUAUUUAUAUAGAUAAUGAAUAUGAUGUAAAUAUGUAUGUAAAAAUGAAUAAAGUAUUAAUUGGA